AUGAAAUUUGGUUGCCUUUCCUUCCGACAACCCUAUGCAGGAUUAGUUUUAAACAAAGUCAAAACGGUGGAGACUCGUUGGCGUCCUUUGCUAGCAAACUACAAGGACUGCACCAUUGCUCUUCAUAUAGCUGUUAAAGACUGGGAAGAUGAAACAUGGAGAGCAAUUCUCUUGAAUAGGUUUGGUAUGACACCACAAGAAGUGCAAGACUUGUUGGAUAAAGGGGAAAAGUUUGGCAGAGGAGUUAUUGCAGGAUUAAUUGACAUUGGAGAGACAUCACUAUGUCCGGAAAACUUGCCUCCUGAAGCGAUUCUGGAGCUGGAAAAUAAAGCUGUCCUCAGUAAUCUAGAACAGAAAUACUUGACUGUUGUUUCAAAUCCAAGAUGGCUUCUGGAACCAAUUCCUGCCAGAGGGAGACAAGGUGUGUGGCAGGUGGACAUCCCUGAGGAACUGAUCCCUGCAGAAGCAUAG